ACCGCUCGCCGUAGUAUUUGCGACAUAUGGGUGCCAAUGUGUGCUCCUUGUAUUAAUAAUGUGUUACUAAUUCCGUACCGUAUACGUAAGUUAAAUCAUUCAUUCGUACGAAACAGCCACCGACGCAUGUCGAUUGAAUAAUGUUAUUUGACAUGAUCACUCGCGGUGUAAAAUGAAUUUUUCGCGGACAAUAUUUUCGAGUGCCACUACAUAAGUGCUGUGCUGUCGGCAGGUUGUGUGCAAAUUGACAAUGACAUUAGUUACUUGUGACGUCAUGGCGCGGCAAAUUUGAAACGCGGGUGAUUGUGUUAGAAGCAGUGUUAGUUUCAUUAUUUUAUUUAGUGUAUUAUAAAGUCGUAAGUUGUUUGUAGUGAUGGUGAGUGAAAGUUGUCAGGACCGGAUGACUCGUUGAGAUUGUUAAUCUGCGCCUACGUCGAUGCCCUUGCGUCAUUGGCAUUAUACCAUAUAUGCGAAGAAUUCCUAAUAAUACUUCCUCUAUAGAACGUCAUUAAAUUUUAUUAAACAGGAACAGGAUGUCGUUCACUAUGAAAGAAGGUGGUUUUGGCGUGGGAGACUAUGUUGCAUUUGGGGUGUUAUGUGCGUCUUCAUGCGCUGGAGGUGUUUGGUACAGCGCGGUGGGAUCCAGGAGCAAGGCUGUAGUCGACUUGAAAGACUACCUUCUCGGAGGAAAGGCUAUGUCCACUUUUCCCGUCGCCAUGUCGCUUAUCGCCAGUUACGUAUCCGGCGUGACGAUACUUGGUACUCCGGCCGAGAUUUACAAUUACGGCUCCGAGUAUUGGCUGGUGGUGGUGGGUGUGACUCUUAGCUGCUUGAUCGUAGCCACCGUCUACUUACCAGUGUUCUGUACUCUGAGACUGUCUUCCUCAUAUGAGUAUCUUGAACUUCGUUUCAAUCGGCACGUGCGGGCUGUGGCGUCUGUGCUUUUUUUAUUGGACGAAGUAUUAUUUCUGCCUAUGGUCGUGUACGUUCCUGCUUUAGCAUUUAAUCAGUUGACUGGUUUUAAUGUGUUCGCGGUUGGUGGUGUUAUGGUCCUUAUAUGUGGACUUUAUACAGUAUUAGGUGGUCUCCGCGCGGUCGUAUGGACGGACUCGGUUCAGACCGGGGUCAUGUUUAUCGGUGUGUUACUUGUGGCGGCGGCUGGGACGCUUGCGGUCGGGGGCGUUAGUGCUGUCGUUAGCAUCGCAAACGAAUCCGGGAGACUUGAGAUCUCCAAUUGGAGCUUUUCUCCGUACGAACGUCAGACUGGUUGGGGUGCGAUAUUCGGUGGUUUCCUCUACUGGACUUGCUUCAACUCCGUCAACCAGACCAUGGUCCAGCGUUACAUAGCUUUACCAUCAAAGCGGAAGGCGAUCACCGCGCUCUUCAUCUUCUGUAUCGGCGCGAUCCUCGCUAUAUCUCUGUGCGUGUGGUGUGGCCUGGCGGCGUGGGGAGCCUGGGUCCAGGGCGGCUGCGACCCCAGCGGCUCUCCCCUGGUCGGUGACCAAUUACUCCCAGCGUUCGUGACAUACGUCGCUGAAGUCCAACACCUGCCUGGUCUCUCUGGCGUAUUCCUCGCUGGAGUAUUUGGAGCCGGAUUAAGUUCCCUGUCGGCGGUGCUGAACGCGUGUGCGCUGGUCGCUGUGGAGGACCUCCUCCACGGCUGGUUGCGUCUCCGUCUGCCUCCCAUAGCGGAGGGAGUGCUCGCUCGAUCCGUGACCGCUCUCCUCGCUGUCAUCUCACUCCUGAUGCUGAUAGUCAUACAGAAGCUUGGAGGUGUUCUUGGCGUGGCGACUGCGUUGUCAGCGAUCGCAGCCAGCGCCACUUGUGGUAUCUUCACGCUGGGCAUGUCGUGCUGGUGGGUCGGUCCUCGCGGGGCGGCUGCGGGCGGCGCGGCGGGCGCUCUCCUGGCCGGGGCCGUGUCUCUCGGCAGCCAGGCGGCCGCGGCCUCCGGUUUGAGAGCACUCCCUAGAAACUUCACUGAAGCCUGUUCUGCUAACGCCACUUUUAUCCCCGAACAGACCAUCGAUCCGACGACAAUAUUUCCUCUAUUCCGCUUAUCGUAUCACUGGAUCGCGCCGCUCGGUCUCCUGGCCACUAUAGUCGUUGGCAUGAUAGUAGGCUGGUUGUUCGACAAGCCGGAUCCAAGUAAGAUGGACGCGGAACUGUUCACUCCUGUAGUGUGGAGGUUGUUGCCUAAGGAGGCCCACGAGAACGCUGGCAUGACGCGCCAGGCGCUGCCCGUCAAAGCGGAGUCGCCGGCGCCCUCCGCCAGGCUUAUACUGGAACAGCUGCCAGAUAAGGUUGAAUGAAAGAUGUAGUUUCUAGCGGAACAGUACUCUGCUUUUUAACUAUACACAGUUACAGAUCUAGUUUCGUAAUUUAAUUUAUAAGUGGAAUGAAUAGUAUUAUGUAGGUAUCUUAAGGUCUCAUUGACAUGUUUUGGUUGUAAAAAACAUAUCAAUCUGGAAAUAUUUAUCUGAUUUAACAUGUAUCGAGACAGUUUUAUAUGCCUCAUCGAAAAAAAUUAUCAGAUAUAGCGGUCGUAAUACAAAAUGAGAUAAGCAAUCUGUAUGACACAAAAUAAUGACAUACGUAUGUCAUCACCAACGAUCUGAGACGAACUGACAUUGAAAAAUACAAUCAUUUUCAAAAAGUUUCCUUUCACUACCACAAGAUGGAGACACUUAUUAGUCAAUUAGUGUCCAUAAUAAUGACAUUUAAUAUCAACAAGCAGUUACAUACCGCUCUACAAAAUAAAGUAUUUGUAUGUACUUAAUGUUAAUUUAUUUAAUAAGAUGUUUUAUAUAAAAUAAAUAAGUAAGUACUUAAUUAUUACUACAGAUUUUUCACAAACAAUAAACUAUAGUUAUAUACACUAUUUAUAUUACAAAAUAAGAUUUUAUUGCAGUGAAAUUGAAUAUUGAUACCGCAGAAUCUUAUUAACAAAUUAUAUUUAUAUGUAUAGAUAUGAAAAAAAAUUAUUGCUAAUGAUUUUGAAGUGGUGACUAACUACUCCUAUAUAGUUAUUUUAAUUUAGUGUAUAGAUUUAGUGAAUUAAUUUUAUUGAUGUUUCUAGAUAGCAAGUAUUGUUGUUGACUAUUAUCGCCAUGUUGGCUUUUAUUUAUAUAAUAUAAUGAAAGUGGACCAACAUUAGUGUAUGUAAUAAUAAGACACUGUUACUUAGGUUUACUUAAUUAGUGUGUAAUAUAACUGUCAUUUUAUAAUAAAAUUUAAUAUUUAUA